UUUUCCCCACCCAAGUUGCCGCCGGCCGGCCGCCGCCCAGUGCUCAUGGCCGCCGCCGCUGCAGCCUCUCUGGUUGGGUUGCCCGGCUGCGCUUCUCCACUCUCCAGCACCCUACGCUCUGGCCUCACCGCGCGCCUCGUCCCGUUCACGCCCCGCCCCCGCCGACUUCGCCUUCGCGUUUCCGCCGCCACCCUCCGCGAGGUCUGCGCCGGCCGCGUCCCGGAGCACGUCAUCCAGAGGGCUGAGGAGGUCGGCUAUGUCGUCCCUACCGAGGUGCAGGAGCAAUCCUUGCCCGUCCUCUUGUCUGGCCAAGACUGCAUCCUCCACGCGCAGACAGGUUCUGGGAAGACACUUGCCUAUCUACUGUCGGUCUUCUCGGCCAUCGACUUUGGUAGAUCCUCCGUGCAAGCGCUGGUUGUCGUUCCAACCAGGGAGCUCGGCAUGCAGGUUACCAAAGUUGCUAGAGUACUUGCAGCAAAGGCCUGCACUGUUAUGGCUUUGCUUGAUGGUGGAAUGCUGAGGAGGCAAAAGAGUUGGGUAAAGGCAGAUCCCCCAGCAAUAGUUGUUGCUACUGUUGCAAGUUUGUGUCAAAUGCUUGAGAAGCGUGCUUUCAGUCUUCAAUCAAUGAAAGUAUUAGUUAUCGAUGAGGUUGAUUUUAUUUUUGGGUCGUCAAAGCAAGUAAGCUCUCUUCGCAAGAUAUUAACAUCUUAUUCAGCAGCUUCCAGUCGCCAGACCAUAUUUGCUAGCGCAUCGAUUCCUCAGCACAAUCGCUUUUUGCAUGAUUGUGUGCAACAUAAGUGGACCAAGAGUGAUGUGGUUCAUGUUCAUGUGAACCCUGUACAACCUAUGCCUUCACACCUAUGCCACAGAUAUGCGAUCUGCAGUAAAAAGGAAAGGUUGCAUAUUUUGCUAUCCUUACUUGAGAAGGAUGCACCAAAGUCAGGGAUUAUAUUUGUUGCUGAACAGUCUGAGAGAUCCAAAAAGGCUGGACACCCUCCUUCAACUACCGUUGUCGUUGAGUUCCUGAGAAGUACGUACAUGGGAAGCCUAGAGGUCCUUCUACUGGAAGAAGAUAUGAAUUUCAAUGCUCGUGCCAUCUCAUUCACUGAGGUCAAGGGAAAAGGCUUUCUGCUAGUAUCAACUGACAUAGCAAGCAGAGGGUUUGACCUCCCACAAACCAGCCACAUAUACAACUUUGACCUUCCUAAGACAGCCGUCGACUAUCUGCAUCGAGCUGGAAGAACUGGGAGAGAACCAUUCUCCAAGUCAGCCUGCAGCGUGACAACCCUCAUAACAGAGGAUGAGCUCUUUGUAUUACAGAGAUUUCAGAAUGAACUCAAGUUCCAUUGUGAAGAGCUACCUUUAGAAUCAAUGUUCGCAUUUAACUCGUGAAGUUCCUCACUGGAUGUAAAUAGCCAUUUCUUCUUGUUUUCAUCCCUGUCUUAAGAGGUUUCCUGUUUUUUUUUCCAUUUAAUCUAGAUGGAGCGUGGAGAUAGAUGUUGAACAUAUUAUGUUAAAACAUAAAUCUGCUUCUGUCCUUGAUCCUUGUUCACUAGACUGUACAGAUUUUUCUAACAAAGUCCCAUUAGUUGGAACAGGGUUAUACUGCCAACUCUUUAAUAUUCAGAGUAUUGACUCCAAAAGAAC